AAGUUUUAUUAUUUUGACUUGUGUGGACAGAGAGCUGUUGUGAUUAUUGCUUUAGCACAAUGGCAAUUGUGCGGACACUUUUAUACAUACACCAUGACUUAUGUUUAUAUAUCUUCACUUAAGCGAUUGUGUGAUAUUAGUUCGAUUAGGUGUAAUAGGACUUUCUUAAUUCUUUAGUACCGGGCAAUGAAGAGCACUUUUGAAUCUACCUAAAGCAUGCAGCUUAUCUCUACCAAGGUCUAUUGACACGUAUACAUUUUUUUAUGUUCCACUACUGUAUAUAUCUGUAUCUAUUAUAGAAUUUAGUGAUUUUUAAAACACGGUGUAAAUCUAUAAAAGUGUUCGCACAACUAUCAUUGUGCUAAAGCAUAAUAAUCACUCUGUCCCCACAAGUCAAAUAUAUGUAUAGCGUACGCGAAACAUUUUCCGGUGUAGCGAGACGUAUAACGCGAUUUUAAAAAUUGAUAAUUACUGUGCUGUUCAUGUGCAUGGUAUCUUUUUCAAUUGUAAAAAUUUACUAGCAGAUACGAAGCAUAGCAGCAAAUAGAGUAAUUAUAAAAAAUAAUUUUGAUUCGCGACUUCGCACAUAUAAUGUAUUGCCAAUUUUUCGAAGCAAAAUUUUCAAGAAACGCAACGAAAACUUGAAAUAAAAAAAUUCAUGCAUACUUGAUUUAACAAAAAAAAUAUUUAAGCCUUUUUCUUAAAAAAAAAGGUACUUUUGCGAUAUUGCAGAAAGGGUCUAUCAAUAUAAUUAAAAAGUCUUAUAUAUUUUCAUGGAUUCGCUAUAUGCUACGCGGCGAUUGGUGCACGACUGGACUGAAUAAGCAAGUGUGUGUGUGCGUGUAUGUGGGCAUCCGUCGAGUCAAGACCUCGACCGGCAGCUGUCUUUUUCCCUGCCUGAUUUGCUCCCGAAUGAACGUCGUGUUUUGGCGACGUUUCUAGGAGAGUAACUUCCAGGUUUUAUUUUUUCCAAAGUGUUCAACAAGUGGUUUUUUUAGAUCUCUAUACAAACAAAACUACGAAGAACACAAGAUGCCAUCCAAUUUCAAGGUAUCAUCAAGCUGGGCUGAUGAAGUCGAGGAUGAGGGAAAUGUUACCCUUCCUCCUCCAACAGUUGUCUAUGAAAAUGGUUUUAAGAUAAUGACAGAGUACAAACUGAACGAGGAUAACAAGAAAGUCAAGGUUGUUCGUACAUACAGAGUGGAGAAGCGUACAGUUUCUAAGUCAAUUGCGGUUAGAAAGAAUUGGGCCAAAUUUGGAGAUUCAAAAAAUGAUGGUCCAGGACCAAACCCAGCUACAACAGUCAUUGCUGAAGAUGUAUUUAUGCAGUUCCUCUCAGGCAAGGAAGAAGACAAGAUUGAUGAGGACGCGCUGGACAAAUUGAAGAGCAUGGUUGAAAAGGGAGCUGUCAAGUGCCGUAAUUGUAGUGGCGAGCACUGGACCACAAGGUGUCCAUUCAAAGAUACUGUACUUGCUGGUGGUCUUGGCACUGAUAAGAAACCUCUCACUUCACAAGCAGCAGACGCUGUACCAGAAGUUGGUAAACCUCAAGGUUCAAAGUAUGUUCCGCCAAGUAUGCGUGACGGCGGCAACAAACGGGGAGAUUCUAUGCAAAUGCCGCGUAGAGACGAUUUCACUGCUAUUAGGAUAUCUAAUUUGUCAGAAAGUACAACCGAUGCCGAUUUGGAAGAACUUGUCAAGCCAUUUGGAGCAGUUCAGAAAAUCUAUUUGGCGAAAGAGCCGGGUACAAACGAUUGCAAAGGAUUUGCUUACAUUCAUUAUAGAACGCGAUCUGAAGCUGCUAAGGCUAUUGAAAGAUUACAUGGUUACGGAUACGAUCACUUGAUUUUGAAUGUAGACUGGUCCAAGCCUCCAGUUCAAAGCAAUUAAUACAAAGUAUAAUGUGAAAAAUUCAGAAAAAUACAGGUUUUUUCAAAGCUUUUAUUAUUAAAUACUUGGUCACACCUUAUUUUCAAAUAUUUAGCAUUUUUACUUAUUCAUUCAUUUUUUUGUCCUCUCCUCUUUGUAUUCCUUUAUAUCCUACCGUAGUACUUUUUGAAAACUUUCAAACCAAAUCUUAAAUUGCUGCUAUCUAUUUUCUAUAUGAGCAAAUAAGAGUUCGAUGAUUUGACUCAGAACUGUUACAGUAAUUUUUGCAGUACUGAAAUAAGUUGGAUACCUUAUAAUAUGCCCAAGAGUAACAAGUCUCUGUAUUAUUAUUCAAAUUUAAUUUUUAUAAUUAUUGCUUCCUACAAAAACAACUUGAAUAGAUUAAUUUCUAUAAAAAAUUAAUUAAUUUUGUUCUGUCAAAAUUUAAAUACCCUUUUCAUAAAAAAUACUCUGCCACCUUGUGAAUUUUAUUGUAAAAUUUGUAAAUAUUUGUAAAUCUGUUACAUAAAUAAAGUUUUGAAUUCACCGCA